GAGCGAGCCACAAAUUCACCACCGGCCGGCAGGGUUCGCGGAGCGUCGUUCGCCAGCCAUUCGUCAGUCAACGACGCGCUCUCGGCUAUGACAGUCGCGUUUCCCCGCAGGCCGAUAGCAUAACGGAACACCGACCCCCGAUGCCUGAUCUUAUCGUUAGAUCCCGCAGAGCACCACGUGCACCAUAAAAUCAAUUGGAUAAAUUAUGCGCGAACAGGAGUAAACGAGCGAACAAAUACAACAAAUUUUUUCGUAACUGCGGCAAAACGAGAGGAUUAAGAAAGUGAAGUGAAUCGAGAUGCUCUUACGCGUUUAAAGCGAGCCGAAUGAUAUUUUGAGAUUGUUGUGACGUGGUUUUUUUUUGCGUACACACUCAACUGACCAGUGGAACUGAAGCAAUUCGAAUUCAUCGCGCAUUUUCGCAUUCCGUGAUGACCUCACCGACGCAUUGUUCGCCCUCGCGAUCGUCCCUGAGCUGUUGCCAAUUUGAUCGCAUCAGUCAAGAUGACGUGCGGGAUUCUGCAAUUAUCGGGAACAACAAUUAUUUCCUGGAACGGGAGAAACACUGCUUCCCAAAAAGGCCUCAGCUCGACUUGUCAUUUCGCGAUAUACGUUAUCGCGUCAGGGAAUGGAGUCUAUGCAGAUUCUCAGCCAACGAGAAAGAAAUUCUGCACGGCGUCAGCGGUGAAUUUAAGGCCGGCGAAUUAGUGGGUAUCAUGGGGCCAUCCGGAGCCGGAAAGUCGACGUUACUCAACGUUCUCGCCGGUUUCACAGUAAAGGGUGUGAGCGGAGAGGUUCUGGUCAAUGGGAAGGUUCGGCUACCGUACAGCGAGCGAUGGAAGAGGAUGUCGUGCUACAUACAGCAAGAUUCUAUUCAACGUACGUGGAUCACCGUAGGAGAAGCCAUGACUGUGACCGCCCAUCUGAAGCUCGGAUGCACAAUCAGUUCCGCCUACAAACACACUCAGGUUUUGGAGUUGCUAGAGAUGCUGGGAUUGACCCAUUGCUACGACACGCUAUGCGGGAAAUUGUCGGGAGGACAAAAGAAGCGACUCGACAUCGCCUUGGAGCUCUUGACCAACCCUUCAGUAUUAUUCCUCGACGAACCAACGACCGGUCUGGAUGCCGCUUCGUGCAGCCAAUGCGUCGCUCUUAUGAAACGAUUGGCGAGAUUGGAGAGGCGUACAGUAAUCUGUACGAUUCAUCAACCGAGCGCCUUGAUCCUCGAGAUGUUCGAUUCCCUGUACAUCGUGGCCGGUGGUUACUGUACAUAUAGAGGCCCGGUUAGUUCUUUGUUACCGCACUUGGCUUCCAUUGGCGCCAAUUGUCCACCUUAUCACAAUCCAGCGGAUUUCGUUCUCGAGGUGGCGGUCGGCGAAUACGGUAUUUCGCUCGAUAAGCUGGUAGCGGCAGCGGAAACGAUACAGGUCAAUCAGAAGUCGGUCGCUCUUACUACGGAGCUGCUGUCUGAAGAAAAAAAUGCUAUCAAGGAACCACCACCGCCCGCCGGUUUCCUAAUGCAAUGCUAUCUUUUGUAUAAGAGGCAGUUGUUAUGCUUGAAAAGAGACUACACGCUGUUGAUGGCGCGAUUGUUCUGUCACCUGUUGAUCGGCAUGAUCUUCGGAUAUCUAUACAUGGGAAGCGGCUACCGAGCUAACGGUGUUCUAGCAAAUUACGUAUAUAUGUACGGAUCGUUAUUACUCCUCGUCUAUACCGGAAAGAUGGCCGUCACUUUGGCCUUUCCACUGGAGAUGCAGAUUCUCACGAGGGAACACUUUAACCGUUGGUACCGACUAGCACCAUAUUAUAUCAGCAUACUGCUUAUCGAAAUACCUUUUCAAGCAGCCUGCGCGGCGACGUAUCUUAUCGUGAGUUACUGGUUAACCGGUCAGCCCAUAGAGACGAAUCGUAUAAUAACCUUCAUGAUAGUCAGCAUAGCUGCCAGUCUAACAGCGCAGGCAUGGGGUUUCUUUAUUGGCGCUACCACACCAAUUAAGAUUGCGGUCUUUGCCGGUCCCAUAAUCGCAGUGCUGUUUUCCAUUUUCGGUUUUUGCAUACGUUAUGUAGAUACCCCGCAUGCGUUUCGUUGGAUGUUCCAUAUAUCGUAUUUCCGUGCCGGCUUCCAAAGCCUGCUAUACACUGUAUACGGAUUUGACAGGACGGACUUGAAGUGCGACGAAUUUUACUGUCAUUACAAGAAACCCACCAAGUUUCUCGCAGAGAUGGAUAUCGUCGACGUAAACGUGGUAAACAAUUUGAUAUUGAUACUUGGUAUUGGUGUACUGAUGCAUCUUUUAACUGCCAGUGCGCUCUGGUGCAAGCUCAACAGGAGAUGAGCUAAAUAUAUCUCAUCGAUACAGUAUUGCAUAUGGUUUCUACAAAAAGAGUGAUGUUAUUUUGCAAAUUGUGAGAAAAAAAUGUGGAAAUAUUAUAUAUAAAAUAUUUAGUAGAUACUUUGUUGGAAAAAUUAGCACUAGAGACCAUUAAGCAUAAGUGAAAGAAUCAUUAAAAGAGGCAAAAUUAUUAUUUCCGCUUGAUUUUGUCUCAUUUUAUGUUCUAUAAAUUUUUUCUUCAAAUCGUUUUGUUUUCGAGGACUUUUUAAGCUUUAUAGUAAAAUUAUUUUAAAAUAUCGCAAUUCGGAAUUCUUUUGCUUUGGUUGCGCGUGCGUAACAAGACGAAGCGAUAAUAUAACCGAGAAUUAAGAUAUGAUAAGAUUUGUAUAAAGCUGAGUGUCUGUAAGUAUGUGUACAUAAGCCCGAGUGAUAUUAAAGGGCAGACAUACACGAUACAGCGUAUCUGUAUGUGAGCAUUGCUAUUAUAAUUUAGAUUCAUAUCAUGACAUAUUUAAAGCUUUAAGAAUGUCCUAAACAAUAUAAUUGUAGUGCUAGUUUGUAAAUUUUGAAAUGUUUAUUUAAUUUACAUUUUUUUAGUAUUAUACCUAUGGAUGCAUAAAGUUAUCUAAAUUAUCUAUAUAAAUGUAAACAUUUUUAAAAUAAAUAUAUACAUUUAUGUAUGUGUAUA